AUGGCCUCUGAAUCAGGGGAUGGCAACUGCAAUGCUUGGGCAGCAAGAUAUCCUUCUGGAGUUCUCUCACCCUACAAGUUUAACCGCAGAUCAGUGCAAAGCAGUGAUGUUUCAUUGAAGAUCACACACUGCGGAGUCUGUUAUGCUGUUAUUUGGACACGAAAUAAGCACAAUAAUUCAAAAUAUCCUUUGUUUCCUGGGCAUGAGAUAGCUGGAGUCGUAACUGAGGUUGGUUCAGAUGUAAGUGGGUGACCAUAUGGCACUAUCACAAAGGGAGGUUACUCCACUCACAUUGUAGUCCAUGAAAGGUACUGCUUCAAAAUACCAGAUGGCUACCCUUUGGCAAAGGCAGCACCACUUCUAUGUGCUGGAAUCACUGUGUAUACUCCAAUGGUGCAACACAACAUGAACCAACCAGGAAAAUCACUGGGGGUCAUUGGACUCGGUGGGCUGGGUCAUAUGGCAGUGAAAUUUGGUAAAGCCUUUUGUCUUAAGGUCACUGUUUUCAGCACAAGUGAAUCAAAGAGAGAUGAAGCCAUCAACAUCCUUGGAGCAGAUAAUUUUGUUAUAUCAUUAAACACACAGCAGAUGGAGUCCCUGAAAAGCUCUCUGCACUUCAUAGUUGACACUGAUUCCAUUGAUCAUCCAUUUGAUCCAUAUCUCUCACUCCUUAAAGUUGGUGGUGUGAUGGCAUUAGUGAGCUUUCCAAGUGAGAUCAAAAUACAUCCUGCAAGCCUUAAUCUUGGUGCAUGGACCUUGUCUGGUAGUAUUGUUGGAGGUACAAAGGACAUCCAAGAAAUGGUUAACUUCUGUGCAGCAAACAAAAUCUAUCCAGAGAUUGAGAUCAUCAAGAUGGAUUAUAUCAACGAGGCUCUCAUGAGGCUUCUUAAUUGAGAUGUUAAAUACCACUUUGUAAUCGACAUCUAGAACUCUUUCAAGUAG